UGUUCCUACUUUUGGGGCUGGACGGUUGGUGAGGGUGCCUCCUGCAUCUGCAGACCUUGCCAGGGAGCUGCCGUCCUGCUGCAGCCAUGGCGCCAGGGACCGGACGCUGGGGAUGCCUGUUGUUGGAGGUGGCGGCUGCCCUGACUCUGCUCAUGAGGCCCCCUGGUUGCUGUGGAUCCCAGAUUAUCGGGGGCCAUGAAGUGACACCGCAUUCCCGGCCCUACAUGGUCUCUGUGAGCUUCGAGGGCCGUCACCACUGCGGAGGCUUUCUGCUCCAUGUCCGCUGGGUGGUGUCAGCUGCCCACUGCUUCAGAGACAGGGACCCCUCCACUGGCCUGGUGGUGCUCGGGGCCCAUGCACUGCUCAAAGCGGAGCCCACACGACAGGUGUUUAGCAUUGCAGCUCUUGUCCAGCAUCCCAGUUACCAGCCAGCCACACAGGCCAACGACAUCUGCCUGUUAAGGCUGAACGGCUCAGCUGUCCUGGGCCCUGCUGUCCAGCUACUGCGCUUGCCACGGAGAGGUGCCGGGCCACCCUUGGCGGGGACGCGUUGCCGUGUGUCCGGCUGGGGCUUCAUGUCUGACUUUGAGGAGCCUCCCCCGGGGCUGAUGGAAGCCGAGGUGCGCGUGCUGGACCUGAGUGUUUGCAACAGCUCCUGGCAGGGCCAGCUGAGUCCUGCCGUGCUCUGCACCCGCAGCGGGGACCGCCGGUGGCGUGGUUUCUGCUCGGCAGACUCUGGGGGGCCCUUGGUCUGUGGGAGCCGGGCCCACGGCCUUGUCUCCUUCUCAGGCCUCUGGUGUGGUGACCCCAAGACCCCGGAUGUCUACACUCAAGUGUCGGCUUUUGUGGCCUGGAUCUGGGACGUGGUUCGGAGAAGUUCCUCCCCUUGCUCUAUGGGAUGCUCUGUGAGGGAAGUUUGAAUCUCAGCCCCCUACUGGGGCCGAGAUGAAGGGCACUGUGUCCAUGGGCUAGGAUCUGGAAUAGUGCAUGGCUUGGCUGGAGACCGCGGAGAACCUGGAGCUUGGGCUGCAGGCACCCACACAAAAUGAAGAGCAGUACUGAAGUACAAGACACAGGGCUUACGGCUCCAUGUGUGGUCAGUGUCACUGAGGAGCCCUCAGCCCUGCACUCACCCUCUAGGCUGAGAUACUUUCACAGCUCCUCACCCACCAUGCUCCCCGCCCGAGAUCACCCACUCCCACACCAUAGGUCCCCAUUCCAGGUGGCUCCUGGCCUCUGUACCUGCUCUGUCCCCUUAUGGAUGGCAGACUAACCCCACUAACACAC